AUGGAAAACAAUCCUGAUGAUAAAGAUGAUGAUCCGAUCCCUCAAACUCCUUGUAGCCCUCCGGCUCCUACGACUCCUUUCACUCCCUUUCCUAAAGAAUACCCGAAUGAAGCUGCUGGCACUGAAGCUUUCUUCAGAAUGUUUCCACGACGCUAUGAUGGUGAUACAGCGUUCUUCGUAGGCUCCCUUCAAGAUGCAUGCAAAGCUGCAUUUAGUUGGAAAGCGGUUGAAGAUCGUCGUCCAGUAUUAGUCUAUUUACACCAUAAAGCUGUAAGAGCAGCUUAUUAUUCAAAUGAUUUCGUCACAUUUGACAUCUUUUGGAAAACACAAGGACAUAUAUCUCUUCAAGGUCAAAAACGAUCUCAAAAUUAUCGUAUUCGACAUCGAAAUGAUGAGUAA